CACACACACACACACUCUCUCUCUCUCCUUCUGUCUCUGUCUCUCUGUUUGAUUUGGGGGAAGUGCUUAGUCAACCUCAAAGGCUUUAAAAACAACAGGGGUUUACUGUCUGCAUGUUUGGGUCGCAGAACAGAGAAAGAGAAAAGGUAGAUACAGUCCAGGCUGCCAGGGAGAGACAAUGAGCUCUCUCUUGACGCUGUGGCUGUUCGCAGCAUUGCCAGGCCUGUUGUGGGCCUCACACAGCACUCUGAUUGUGGAGGGGGACAAUGAUGCCUCCAGGAUCUGCAAACCUGCCCCCCAGUGGGACAUUAAGGGAUAUGCACCCAUGCAAGACCUGUUGGGAAACGUGGCUGUGGUGGCGCUGCUGAAGGCUACCUGACAAUUCUGCCUCAAGCAGGCAUCCAAAAUUGGAGGCCUGCGUGAUAGGCUGAAUCGCAGCAACAUGACUGAGGUGUCUUUCAUAAUAGUAAAUGAGCGUGACGCUCAUUCCAGAGCAAUGUAUUGGGAGCUGAAGAGAAGUGCUCCCACCGGGGUCCCCGUGUUUCAGCAGCAACCUUUUCAAAAUGAUGUGUGGGAGGCUCUGGACGGAGACAAAGAUGACUUCCUGGUUUAUGACAGGUGUGGUCUCCUCACCUUUCAUAUAGUGAUGCCUUACAGUUUCCUGCAUCACCCUUUCGUAGAGGCUGCAAUCAGAGCUACUUAUCAGAAAAAUAUCUGUAACUGCACUCAAAAUUUUACUUCAUCUGUCGGUGGUAACAACAUCACAAACAAUGGCACAGCUCAGCUUGUUGACGAAGGUUCAGAAGUGCCAGACACAGCUUCUGGAAGGACUCACCACCACCACCACCACCACCAUCAUCAUGAUGACCCCCCCUCUCAUCAUCACCACCACGAUCAACAUUCCAGUCACCAGAAUCAGUCGCUACAUCAGCAGGAUCAGGGUGAUUCUACUUCUCAUCACCACCACCAUUCCCCCCAUCAGCAGCACCAACAUGAUCAUUAAUCUGGCAGCAGCACUGAUAACUAACAUUUGUAAUUUGCUUUAGUGUAGUUUGAUUAGAAUCUGAAUGUUUUUUGUGCAUUUUUAUUUUAUUGUAUUGUCUAAUUAUAAGCAGUGAUUAUACUGUGGUUUGUCUCCUGGCAUUUCCACACUCCACAUCUCUGUGUGGAUAAAGUAACCAAUCUCCACCAUCUCCUCAUAUUAAUGAAGUCCGCGGUGUAAAAGCUGCUUGCAGAAAACUGUGGAUGGAUGUGUUUGGCGAGAUGGGAUGGAUCAAGAGUUACUGUCACCCACACAGAGCCAGGGGAGGGUGCGCACUGCUGCUGAGCAAACCUCA